AAAGGAGAAUCUAUAACAUCCCCUCUCUCUCUUUUCGACUCUCGCCUUCUCUAAUUUCCGGGGGGAGAGAGCGAGAGAGAGUUGUCUGAGGAUUUCCCAUGGCGGCUAUCUUCGUCUCGUCUCCAUGCGGCGUCAAGCCCCUCCCUUCUCCUCUCCUUUGCCCUCGUAAAACCCUAAUUUCCUCUACCCAUCUCGAUUUGAUCCGCCGGAGGAAUAUGGGUCUCCCGGCGGUUCAGUCGCCGGUGAGGAGCCUGAGAGGGAAGAGCUACUUGCUCAGGGUUAGCAUUCCGGCGAGUUUCGUGACCGCGGUAGACGAGGAGGGACAGAGCGUCGGAGCCGUGGUGGCGGCGGCGGAGGAGUUCGACCCCGGCACUCGUCCGCCGUUCAGCCUCGCCGACAUCCGCGCCUCCAUACCGAAACACUGCUGGGUAAAGGACACGUGGUGGUCGAUGAGCUACGUCGUCAGGGACGUGGCGGUGGUGCUUGGCCUGGCGGCGGCGGCGGCGUAUAUCAACAGCUGGCUGGUCUGGCCGAUGUACUGGGCGGCUCAGGGGACAAUGUUUUGGGCUCUCUUCGUUCUCGGACACGACUGUGGGCAUGGAAGUUUCUCGAACAAUCCGAAGCUGAACAGCGUGAUGGGUCAUUUUCUGCACUCGUCGAUCCUCGUUCCUUACCACGGAUGGAGAAUUAGCCAUAGGACUCAUCAUCAGAACCAUGGGCAUGUGGAGAAUGAUGAAUCUUGGCACCCUCUGCCGGAAAAACUGUACCGCUGUUUAGAUACAGCAACGAGAAUUUUGCGAUUCACGGUGCCUUUCCCAUUGCUCGCCUAUCCUUUAUAUCUGUGGCGUAGAAGCCCUGGCAAGGCUGGAUCUCACUUUGACCCCUCCAGCGACUUAUUCAGCCAGAACGAGGGAAAAGACAUUAUUACGUCCACGCUUUGCUGGACGGCCAUGGUUGGUCUGCUCGUGGGGUUAUCGUUCGUGAUGGGUCCGAUCCAAGUGCUUAAGCUCUAUGGAGUCCCAUAUUGGAUUUUCGUCAUGUGGCUGGACUUUGUGACUUACUUGCAUCACCACGGACAUGAAGAGAAACUUCCUUGGUACCGUGGGAAGGAAUGGAGUUACUUGAGAGGCGGUCUCACAACGCUUGAUCGAGAUUACGGGUGGAUAAACAACAUUCACCACGACAUCGGGACACAUGUUAUCCAUCAUCUAUUCCCUCAGAUCCCUCAUUACCAUCUAGUGGAAGCUACUGAGGCGGCAAAGCCAGUGCUCGGAAAGUACUACAGAGAGCCAGAGAGAUCAGGGCCAUUGCCGUUCCACCUAUUUGCCAUUCUCAUCAGAAGCUUAGGAAAGGAUCACUAUGUGAGUGACACAGGCGACAUCGUUUACUACCAGACCGACCCUCUACUCGCCAGCUCAUCAUCAUCCCUGUCGGACUGAGCCGUUACUUUUGAAACCGAUUUUGACCGAUGUGUUUGGCAAAGUGUACAUUGUUUCAUUCUUUCUGGAGGGAGGGGGAAUGAUGUUCUUAUACUUUGGUGAUUGGUCGUUUUAAGCGAUAAAAUGACAGUAUACUUCUUUUAAG